AUGGCUCUCACUCACACUGUCCUCUUCCAAUUCAAGUCAGAUGUUGAUGCAUCUGAAAUAAAAAAAAUUUGCGAUUCCUUUCUUGCUCUCAAAGACCAAUGCAUCCAUCCUACAAGUAACAGUCCAUACAUUGUUUCACUUGUAGGCGGCAAAGACAACUCUCCAGAGGGAAUGCAGAACGGGCUCACUCAUGGCUUCGUCGCUAUUUUCAACUCUACGGAGGAUCGAGACUACUAUGUAGAGAAGGACCCAGCUCAUCAGGCCUUUGUUGCUAAAGUGGGAAGCCUCCUUGAUAAGGCUACUGUGGUUGACUUUACGGAUGGAGUUUAUUGA